AUGAAGACAACACUUGUCUUGCUAUUCGCACUCCUACUUGCAGCAGCUGUCCUUGUAAGAGGUUCUGAUUCCUAUCAACAACCAGACACUUACAAACCUGUCGACACCUACAAACCACCUGUCGACACUUACAAGCCACCAGUUGACACCUACAAGCCAGUCGAUUCUUACAAACGAGAAUGUAAGAAGAAGUGUGUUCUCCACAAGUAUGUCCAAGGAAAAUGCAUCAAGCACAAGACUGUUGGUAGAAAGAAGGUUUGCGACAAGUAUGCCGUUGUAGGAAAGGGACGUUGUCUCAAGUACAAACGAAAUUCAGUCUGUGACAAGUACAGUAAGGCUGUCACUAAAUGUGUCAAGCACAAGAAAAAGAGAUAUUGUGCCAAGCAUGAAACCAAGAAGGUCUGCGACAGUUAUGGAUCCAAGAAGGUCUGUAAGAAGCAUUCCACUCGUAAAUAUUGUGUCAAGCAUAAGAACGUAAAGAAGUGUUGUUCUUAUGGAACCAAGAAGACUUGUAAGAAAUUCAAAAAGACUCCAAUUAAGAAGUGUACUCAAAAGAAGGUCUGUGACAAGUACGUCGACUCGUAUGCUCCAAGAAAGUGCAGAGUGGUUCGUAAAUGUAGAGUCUGUGGAUACAAGAAGAAGUGUGUCAAGCAUCAAACUAGAAAAUUCUGUAAAAAGCACAAGACUGAAAAAAAGUGUGUCAAGCAUGCCACAAAGAAGUUCUGUGCUCGUUUCAAGAAGGUUUCAUUCUGUAAGAAGCAUAAGAAUGUCAAGACUUGUUGUCAAUACAAGACUAAGAAAUAUUGUAUCAAGAAGAAGACAUUCCCAUCCAAGUGCAUUCAUUACAAGCAUACCAAGAAGUGUGUGAAGAAAUCUAAGGGAAAGAGAGUCUGUAAGAAGCACAAGUGGACUAAGGGAAAGAAGGUCUGUGCCAAACACGCACAAAAGAAAGUAUGUGCCAAGAAGAAGAAGGUUUGCAAGAGAGUCAAGAUUGACACUUAUGCAAAGAACGUUGAUACCUAUGCCAAGAAGGUUGAUACUUAUGCUUAA